GACAGCCGAUGACAUAAAGGCGCUCGCUGGUCCCUAAAAUUGGAGGUAACCAUUUUAAGACUAAUUUAUGUCACACAAUUAGUAGAUGCAGUCAAAUUCAGUUGAACAUAUUUUUACAGUCGAAGAGAAGGCUGUAUAAGGAAGGCAAUGGAGUUAUCAACAGAUGUGGAGAAACUCUCUGAAACCGCCCAAACUCAAGAUAUUGAUUCGGACGAUCUGCUAGAGCUCAAUCCGUUUGAUGGGCUCCCUUUUUCCUCAAGAUACUACAAACUACUGAGCGAAAGAAAAGGUCUGCCGGUGUGGGGAGCGAAAUGCGAGUUUAUGGACAGUCUGCUGAACAGCCAGACUGUGAUAGUGACUGGCACUGCUAAAACAGGACAAAGCACUCAGAUCCCUCAGUGGUCUGCAGAGUUUUGCCUCUCUGCGCAGUAUCAGAAUGGUAUGGUAGUGUGCACUCAGAUUCAUCAGCAGAGCACGGUGGAACUGGCCCUUCGUGUGGCUGAUGAGAUGGACGUGAACAUCGGUCAUGAGGUUGGAUAUAGCAUCCCACUUCAGACUUGCUACUCCGCUGACACUGUAUUGAGAUACUGCACAGAUGAUGUUUUGCUUCGUGAGAUGAUGUCGGACCCUCUCUUGGAGCAGUAUGGUGUGGUGGUCAUCGAUCAGGCCCAGGAGCGCACGGUCAGCACAGAACUGCUCCUCGGAUUGCUCAAAGAUGUGCUCCUCACACGGCCAGAACUUCGACUGGUCAUCCUCACUGCCCCUCACUCUGCAGAGAAACUGCUGCAACACUAUGGAAUUGUUUCUCAGAUCCGACUGGAAGGGCCUCAGCUGUGUGAUGUGGUGUACGGUAGUGGGAGAGGAGGUGUGAAAGAUUAUCUCUGCUCUGCUAUAAGACUGGCUCUUGAAAUACAUCAGAAUCAAGACCAUGGCGACAUUGUGACAUUUCUGGCAACUGAGCAAGAGAUUGAAUGUGCCCAUGCCAUUUUGCGGAGAGAGGGUGCCAAUCUCGCAUUCUCUCAUGGUGAGCUGGUGCCUGUGUCUCUGUGCCCUCAGCAAGGAGACAGUCUCUCUGUAAUCUCUCAGGAGAGCAAGAGCAGGAGGGUCUUCCUCUCUUGCAGCCCCAGUGAGGACCUGUUCUGGGUCUUUCACAGCAUUCGCUUUGUGAUUGAUGCUGGAGUGCAAAAAAGAUAUGUGUACAACCCUAGAAUCAGAGCCAACUCAAUUGUAAUUCGAUCAAUCAGCAAGAGUCAAGCAGAGAGCCGCAAACAGCUUGCAGGGCCAACAGGCAAGUGUUUCUGUUUGUAUCAAGAGGACACGCCUCUUCCUGCCGAGAGUGUCCCUCACAUUCUUGAAUCUGACAUCGCUUCCACAGUGCUCUUCCUAAAACGCAUGGAAAUUGCUGGCCUGAGUCACUGCGACUUCAUUGACAGACCAGAUCCAGAAGGUCUUAUGCAAGCUUUAGAGGAGCUUGACUAUCUUGCUGCAUUGGAUGAUGACGGGAAUCUGUCUGAGAUUGGAAUUAUCAUGUCAGAGUUUCCUCUGGAGCCACAGAUGGCUAAGACUUUGCUUGCGUCCUGCGAGUUUGACUGCGUGAAUGAAGUGCUGAGCAUCGCUGCAAUGCUAACAGCUCCGAGCUGUUUCCUUACACCCCCAGUGGAGUUGAGACAGAAAGCCUUACUGUGCCAUCAGAGGUUCCAGCAUGCAGAGGGAGACCACUUCACCCUUAUAAACAUUUAUAAUGCCUUCAAAUAUGCUAAGAAAGGGCCAUACUGUAGCGUGGAACGCUGGUGUGAAGAUCAUUUCCUCAGUCUGGCUGCUCUUCAAACAGCAGAUGCGAUACGCUCUGAGCUAACAGAAAUUCUGAAACGGUUAGAGUUGCCAGUGUCCCUUCCGGCCUUUGGCUCUAAAAGCAACAUCCUGAACAUCAAACGUGCACUACUUGCUGGCUUCUUCAUGCAGGUGGCAAAGGACAUUGAUGGGUCAGGGAAUUACUUCAUGCUAACCCAUAAGCAUGUGGCUCAAGUCCAUCCACUGUCUCGCUAUGGAACCGAGAUGCACAAGAAGAACCUGCCAGAGUGGGUUGUGUACCAUGAGCACACACUGUCAGAGAACAACUGCAUCCGAACUGUCUCUCAGAUCUCAGCACACGAGUUCAUUCAAAUGGCACCUCAGUACUUCUUCUACAACCUGCCACCUAGUGAGAGUAAAGACCUACUGCAGCACAUUAUCGAUCAUGGAUCAGCUGCCCCAUCUAAAGGCAAAAGAAAAUCACAGACCUCCAGCAGCCCUGCCAAUGAUGCGCAGGCACAUGAGCGCUGUACCAUACAAUGACUUUGGAAAUAGUAUACCUUAGGUGUAUUCCAAUCGACCGUUAGGGUCCUCCGAAGUGGACUUCACACGGUAUUCGGCCAUCUUAAGGGAGAUUCCAAUCCGAAGGGGGCGUUUAAGUUCAGUUGGAAGGGCACUCCAAACGGCAUAGGGAAUAAGUGAACAUCAAUACAUCACUUCACAGGAAGUGUAGAGGGAAAUUUUGCGAAAAACUGCUAAAUCAUUGUGAACCAGCAGAGUAAUGACAUAGUUUGUCUAAAAUAAUCGCUAAAAUCAAAUAAACAAACAGGGUUUGAAACACUGGCGUUUUAAUUAAGCUUAAUUUAACUCAGGUGUACUUUCUAUGUGGUUGUGCGUGAGUAUAAAGUGCACGAGAUGCGACCGUUACAUCCAUUAUCAUGACAAUUGGUCAUAUAACAUUUAAGAAAACACACACAUUAUAAAAUAACUACAUAACAUUUAUUUUUAUAUUAAACUACAACAGUCAAGAGAAAGUCUAGCCUAGAGAAAUAUGUUAAUUUAAAUAUAUAACAAUACAAGUUUUAUAACAAUACACAUUGAUGUAUUAUAUUCAUUUAUAUAUAUAUAUAUAUAUAUAUAUAAGGUUAUUUAUUGUAUAUUUAUAUGUUUUUACACGAGAAUAUUGUCAUCUUUCUUGAACCCCGUGAUCAGCGCGACUCAAGUGCUGUCUGUGUUUGAUGACGUUGCAGGGUAUUUCAAAUUAACAAAUUUUGUCAAGUGAAGUGGACUUCAACGCAUUAUUUUGCAACACGUUAUUUUUUUUUCCCCACCCGUAUUCCGGCAACUCCUGUGAUUGAUAUAUUUAGACGUCAAAUGAUUGGACGAAAGUUGUCUUUACGUCACCAGCUUGACGACGCCUUCUGAUUGGAUGGUUAUCGAUUCUACAACUUCUGACACUUUGUCGUUCCGACAGUAGAAAAACUAUUUGUGUUUUUCUUUUUAUUAAAAGUAAAUGGCUGAAUAAAUGUACUGGAAAGAAAAUAGUUAGUUAUAUGUGACAUAUCACUUGGUCCUGAACAAUAAUGAGUGAUAUGAAUCAGAUGUUUUUUUUGGGGGGGUUGGGGGGGGGGGGGUUUGACAAACUGAUUUUGCCUGGCUCCCACAUCUAUGGUUUCAUAUGCCAAAUAUUAGAAUAUAAAAUAUCAAGGUAACCACCACUUCCCAUGAGAGAAUAUGUAUUUUUUGUAAUUAACUAUUUCCGAUUUCUCUGAGAAUGCUGUGGAAAAGAAAUACAUUAUUGCAUAGAGAUGAAAUGUUAAGAAAUUCAGUUUGGCCGUAUGGAAAUUUUUAUUUUUAUACUGAAAAAAAAUAAAAAAUCAGGUCAAGUGCCUGUAGUUACAGAAUCACCCAUUUAUCUGAAAAAAGUAUUUGUAAAAGUGAAAUUAAACAGUUGUUCAUUUCCAUAGGGCAGGAAGCUUAAAUUUGAAGCCAGGCAGCAGUAACGUAGAUAUGUUUUCUUGUCAAAGACCUGACUGCAAUAUUGCUAAGUAAAGUGAAUUCAUGGUAAGCACAUAGCCACCCUUGGAACUGAAAAUAUUUUAAGGUAAUUUUAUUCAAUUUAAAGCAGAACUUGAAUUGAUUUAAUGAUGGAGACAGCUGCAUUAUUAUAAUUUUAAGACAGCAAGGUUGGAAAACAACAUUUUUAAUUCACAGUUGACAGUGUAUUUCUCACUUUUCUGUAAGCUAAGAAAUAUAAAAACAAUUAUUUCUUACCAUAUUCCUAGAAACAGAAAUAUUUUAGUAAUUUUUCCACUGUAAAUCUACACGUUAAUUUUCACUUUAGUAAAGAAAAAGAAAAGAAAGACUUAAACAUUGAUCUCUUUCUCACCCACAUCUAUCGAAUCACUUCUGAAGACAUUGAUUUAACCACGGGAGUCUAAUGGAGUACUAUUAUGCUGACUUGUGUGAUACUUUGGAGCUUCUGAGUUUUAGUCACCAUUCACUUGCAUUGUCCUACAGAGCUGAAAUAUUCUUCUAAUAAAUCUUAAUUUGUGUGCUGCAGAAGAAGUCAUACACAUCUGGGAUGGCAUGAGGGUGAGGAAUUUAUGAGAGAGUUUUCAUUUUUGGGUGAACUAUCCCUUUGUUCUAAUUGUUAAUUUGGAAUAUUAUUAUUUUUAAUAAACGUAAUUUAUAUGACUUUUAAUGUCUUGAUAUUAUAUAGUUUAUAUAGUUUGCUACACAAAUACACAUCUUGAUAAUUGAAGUUGAAUCAAUCUACCUAUAGUUAAACAUUCUAAAUUAAUAAAAACUAAUUGCAGACCUUCGGGACAGUAUGCGGAUGAUUCUACACGUUUUUGUGUUUAUUCUGCUUAUUGGCUGGAGUUUGUUUUAUAGAUUUUCUUCUGUUAUGUAAUUCUGUCUCACAAAAUUUGUAUAGAAACACCGGACUUGAGCAAUCCGAUGGCAAAUUUGUCGCGGGGGUUCUCGUAGUUGUACAUGGACUGUUUGAGUUUAGAGGGAUGGACGCGGUCUUUAUAAUUUUAUUUUUGACAAUCCAUUUUUUUCUCAUAUGUCAAAUGUUAAUAUGAGUGUACUGUCUCUCUCCACGUGGAAUGUAAAUGGGUUGGGGCACCCCAUAAAAAGAAGGAAGGUUAUUUCUUUUCUUAAACGAAAGAAAUAUGAUAUUGUGUUUCUUCAAGAAAUGCAUCUUUCCCCGCAGGAAGCUGAAAAUUUUGGGAGGAUAUGGGGUGGGCAUGUUUUCUUUAGUGCUGGCUCAAGUAAGAGCAGGGGAGUCCCUCAUUUCAUCUAUUGUUGAUUGCUCAGUUGGAAACAUCUUAGUCUCAGAUCAUGCCCUGGUGUCUUUAGAUGUGUUGCCACAUAUGGAGAAAAAUAAAUCAUAUAGUUGGAGCUUUAAUUUAUCCCUUUUGCAAAAUCCUGAUUUCCAACAAAUGUUAAAGACUGAAAUCAAUGUGUAUAUGGAGACCAACUGGUCCUCAGUAUCCUCUGUGGUUGUGGCUUCGGAGGCACUUAAGGCAGUUCUUAGGGGUUGGAUCAUACAGUAUGCCUCAUUCAUCAAAAAAUCCAAAG